CGGGGUGGGGCUCGCACCGCUCGGACCCCGCGGCCGAGACGACCCCGCGCUAUCCCUCGCCCUCAGGAGGUCACCUGCCGAGACCUCUCAGCCCGGGUGUGUGUCAUGGUUCCAAAGGUGCCCGUGCUGACCCAGAGGUGGGCAGUGCCUGUGCUGGACCUCUCCAACCCAGGGUUGUCCAGUUCCGCUGUUCUACCUGCUCAGGACCCAGCCUGGUUCCAGGAGGAGAGCAGAGAAGAAGUAGUGAUGGCUACUGGGUUGCUGACCACCUGCUCACAGGAACCGGUAACUUUGGAGGAUGUGACUGUGGUGUUUACCCAAGAAGAAUGGGUUUUUCUGGACUCUGCCCAGAGAAGUCUGUACAGAGAAGUGAUGCUGGAGAACCUCAGGAACAUGGCCACAGUGGGCUCCCAACUCUGCCAACCCAGUUUAUUUUCCUCUUGGGGACAAAGAGAAGAGCUGUGGAUCACUGAGAAAAGACUCUUUCAAGAAAUGUGCCCAGUUAAGCACCAGGCAGAACCUCAGCUUCAAAGUCAAGAGUCAGUUCUUAACCAAGAUAUUGUUUUGGAGAUUCCAUAUACUGGCACAAAAAGGGAACAACCUCAACCUGGAAGAAAACUCUGUAAAUGUAAUGAAUUUGAGAAACCCUUUAACAGUUUCCAAACACUUUUUCAAUGUCAGAGAAUCUAUACUGGAGAUGACCCCUAUGGAUAUAAAGAAAAUGGACAGUCUUUUUUCCAGCGCUCUCACCUGUUUAUACCUGAGAAAAUUUGUAGUUUAGAUAAAAGCUAUGCAUGUAACAAAUGUGAGAAAUCCUUCAGAUAUUGCUCUGACCUUACUAGACAUGAAAAAACUCACACGUCAGAGAAGUUUUUUGAAUGCGAAGAGUGUAGGAAAGCUUUCAAGUAUUCCUCAAAUCUUCGACGACACAUGAGAGUUCAUACUGGAGAGAAGCCCUUUGAAUGCAAUCAAUGUGGGAAGACCUUCACAAGGAACUUUAACCUGAUUUUGCACCAGAGAAAUCAUACAGGAGAGAAACCAUAUGGAUGUAAGGAUUGUGGGAAAGCUUAUAAUCAGCCAUCAUCUCUUAGGAGUCACUUGAGAACGCAUACUGGAGAAAAACCCUUUGACUGUGGUCAGUGUGGGAAAGCCUUCAGGGAGCACUCCUCUCUAAAGACACAUAUGCGGACUCACACUAGAGAGAAGCCUUAUGAAUGCAACCAGUGUGGGAAACCCUUUCGGACAAGCACUCAUCUCAAUGUUCACAAGAGGAUACACACUGGGGAGAAACUUUAUGAAUGUGGUACUUGUGGUCAGGUUCUGAGUCGUCUCUCAACUCUUAAGAGUCACAUGCGUACUCACACAGGAGAGAAGCCCUAUGCAUGCCAGGAAUGUAGGCGAGCCUUUAGUGAACUCUCAUCCCUUAGGAAACACAUGAGAACUCACACUGGCAAGAAACCCUACACCUGCCAGGAAUGUGGGCGGGCCUUUGGCCAGUCUUCACACCUUACUGUACAUGUGAGAACCCAUACCUCAGGGAAACCGUAUGCAUGUAAUCAGUGUGAGAAAGCUUUUCGGCAUAAUUCUUCACUUACUGUGCACAAAAGGACUCACAAUGGGAGAGAAAACAGGAGGAAUAUUGACUUGCCUUUAUCAGUGUCACAUCCAUAUGGUGGACCCUUUGCUAAUUAAGUUCUAGUUUAAAAAAUGUAAAUAUUUAGGCUAUAAAUAUCCUUAAAUUAUUUUAGCUACAUCAUGUUUUGGUACAUUUAUAUAUUAUUUUAAUUCUAAAUGUCUUUAUUUCCAUGGUUACUUGUUCUUUGACUCAUGAAGUGUUUGGAAUUAAAAUUUUGAAUGAUAUAUAUAUAUGUCUAUAUUUUACCCUCUCCUUCCACCCUCCCUCCCUAUCUUUUCCCUUACCCCCCACCUUGUUGUAGUGUUCAAAGUCUGCUUCUUUUGGUGUAAAAAUGAUUUUUUCUUAGCUUUAAAAAAAAAAUAACCCUGGUGCCAUGCAGUAUUUGUCUUUAUGAGAUUGACUAACUUUACUGAGCAUAAUGUCUCCCAAAUUCCUCCAUACCAUGACAUUUUUGAUAGUUAUAUUAUUUUUUAGAGGUGUAUAAUAUUUCAUCAUAAAUAUGUAUCAGACUGUUCCCCUACAGUCUGGCUUGUUGGUUGUUUCUAUCUAUUAGUUAUUGAAGAUAACACUGCAAUAAACAUGGUGUACAUACA